AUGUUUUUACGGAGCCAGAAACCCUCGGAAAUUCAAGAUUUGGGAAAUAUCGGAAGCGGUCUUCCUUUCUCGGAUCGUCAAAACUCAACCGAUGGGAAUUCAAGUUCUGGACAAUCUGCAAACUUAGGAGAAGCUUCGGGCAGUGGAGAUGGAUCCAAUGUAGCUGAAAACUUCACCAGAAUCAACCAUGAAGGAAAACGUGGCGAUGAACGGCUUUUCAAAAUGGAAGAAAUUUCUGCGUUGCUGCCGGAUUUUUCGGGCUCCACUCAAGAAAAUGUGAAUCAUUUCAUCAACAUUGUACAACAUACUAAACAAGUUUUCAAGAUAAGUGAGGAAAUUAUGAAGCUGUUGGUUUUCAAAUGCUUAAAAGGAAAUGCUCAAGUUUGGUUUACUUCGUCACCGGAAUUGAUGUCAAUGGAAUUUGAAGAUUUUCUUGCUAGUUUGAAGAUGACAUUUGUGCUGCAUGAGAGCUUGUUUCAAGUACGCAAACGUUUGGAAUCAAGAAAAUGGAGAGAAAAUGAAACUUUUGGCCAAUACUGCUGUGAAAAAAGAAUUUUGGCGGUACCAUUACGACUUCGGGAGUCAGAGUUCGUGGAAUAUCUCGUCGAAGGAAUUCCAGAUCAACAAUUGAAGAAUCAAGCUAGGAUGCAGAAUUUUUCAACAGUUGCUGAUGUUUCGAGAGCCUUUUCAAUGAUCAAACUUCGUGGACCAUCGACUUCAACUUCGCUCGUGUGCUAUAACUGUAAGUUACCAGGACAUAUUGCCGCAAGAUGUCGGAAAAUCCGCCAACCAUUCGAACAAAAGGAUCAAUCAACCCGCCGAAAUAAUCCAUGGAUGAGAGAAACUAGGAUUGGAGCCGUUGAUGCUACAUCAGAGAGUCAGGCUGAACAAGAUUACAACGGACUGGAUUAAAUUUUUGGUCGUUCCUGAUUUGACGAUGUCAUCGUAUGACGCUAUAAUAGGAAGGGAUUUUAUAAUGAAACCUAACAUUCAAACCAUCAUCGAGAGAAGCCGUAUUAAAAUUUCGAGAACUCCGGUGAUCCGAAAGGAAGU